UUACUCUUGAUUCAGGUUCUUGAUUGAAUGAAAUAUUUUGAAAUCUGAAAAUUUGCCUGGAACUAUAUUUCAGAAGAUAAAAAAUUAUUUAUGCAUAAUGGCCAAUAAAGCCGGACCUUCGAGGCGGGCAGCGUCCUUGGACUACGAUGGGCUCGAUAAAAGGAAUUGGAAAUUGAUAGCUUCCCGCUGGGUUAUCUUAAUACUCGCUAUCAGCUGUAUUUAUGCCAACAUCAACGAUAUUAUGUACUACAGCGGAAUAAUCAAUCAGUACUCGCAAAUUCCGGAAUGUGGUUUUGUAAAAUUUGAAAUAAUGGUGGUCGUGUCAGGUAUCUUAAUGCUAAUCACCUUGACUGUAGGAGGUGCUUUGGUGCUCAAGCAGCAGCUACGUCAAUUGCGCGCUUACCUUACGUUUCUGUUCAUAUUUAGCUGGAUGCACUUGAUGAUAAUCCUCGUGCUGACACAGCGUUAUCCGCUUGUCCAUGAGAUCCACAGCAAGUGGAUAAAGAGAGAAAGCAUCAAUAUGUACGAGAUCAUGUAUAAUUGCUGCGGCGUGUUCGGGCCGGAUGAUUAUCUGCUCCUAUAUGGCAAAUUGCCAAGCAGCUGCUUCAGCGAUAGCACCAUGGAGUCCAAGGAUCUUUAUUACACUGGCUGCCUAAAUAAAAAUGAUAUCGAGUCCACCAUCGUACGCGGUGAGAUGGUCACGUCAUUGAUACAGUUCAUUUUCUGCAUUUUGCUGAUGUGUUUCUAUUUUUUUAUCAAGCAAAUCAAAGCGCCGCAGCGUAGUCUGCGCGACUUGUGGAAAGACCGCAUCAUACUCUAGAUUUCGAUUUUGUUUUUUUUUUUUUUUGUCGUGUCUCAAGCAACAAAUUGAAUUUGCAUUUGCAAGACAAAUUGGAUGGCAUUGAAAUUGGCAAUGGGCUGGGUAUUGGCAGCCGGGCUUACACUUCUCAUAUUUCACCAACAGCUGCAAUCAAUAACGAUAAACACUCGAGUGUCUGACCAAAGCGAAAUGCUCGUCGGAGCCCUUGUCCGAGUGUCCGUUCUGCAUAUGCAUGAGCCAAUAAAGAAAUCAACAAAGGCGAAUCCCAACUAUUGCAAAUACCCAAACACCAGAACACACACAGUGGAUAUUCGAAACAAUAUGCCAAAGGAGAGAAUGCAGCCAAGCGACUAAGCACAUGUUCAAGGACAAUCUCAAUGCUCAGAGCUUGGAUGUUUUCAUUUUUAUAUGUAUCCCUUAUCUGAGCCAGUGUCGACGAUUUGGCAAAACUUUUCCGCCCCAUAACCAUAACAAUAACAACAACACUUUGGUCAAGCUGCUGAUGGGUCCCAGCGCAGAGUUUAUGGCGGCAAAGGCAACGGGCUAACUGAAAACCAAAAGGGGUCAUGUGGCUCAUUAAACUUUGGCCAACAAUUUUUUUGCGCCCCACCACCAACAAAGACAAACAAAAAGUUUAACACUAAAUAUUUUGCGACCCUACGGAAAAAAAAUGUAUAUAUAUAUAUUCGCACUAUAUACUUACAUAAAGUAAGUAGCGAUUCAUGCGGAUGAGCACGGGCGUGAGGCAUAAAAUUAUGGCACACAUACGGCCCAUUAAAUGUUAGACAAAUGUGAAGGGCAACGUCUAGGGGUAAGAGGGCUCGGGCAGGUGGCUGCAGCAAGAGAAAAACAAACAAUUUGAGCUAAAAUAAAUAGCCAUAAGUGCAGAAAAGUAAUUAUCGGAAAUCAAUAUGUUAAAAAAAAAAACAAGUGUUUACAAAUCAAUCUUGCCACUCAAGGUGACAUAAAGCAGGAUUGUGCUGCAUUAAAAUUAAAUGUAGUUGACAAAAGUCAAAUUGUUAUCGAAAAUAAAUUGCUGUUUAUAAACCAA